GCUUAAAAAAGGCCUCCCCUCAUUCCAAAAUGAAAAAUCCGUUGAAAACAACCGACAGUAGCCGAAGGUCGACGCUUGUAGCCGUUUUUUUCCGUCGUCUGUGUUCGUCCCCCCAAAAAGAUACUAAAUAAAUCCGACAAAAAUUAUUGGUUAGGUUAUUUAACCCCAAGUGCCAGUGAAAAUCGUUAUUAUCUCCCAUCAAAACUCCAAAAGUCCUUCGACUACGUCGAUGAGGACAUGCGCCUCCUGGAGGAAAUGACAACGCGACCGAAUUCAUCCCCACGUUGGCCAAUAACUGAUCCGACGAAACCGUAUGUGUGUCAAUAUUGCGGUGUUGGUUUUGCGCGUGAAAAAGCCCUUGCAUCACACGCGAGAAUUCAUGGUGGGGACAGCCCUUUUGAGUGCACCAACUGCGGUGAUAUGUUCUGGGAUGUCAAUGCCCUGCGCGAUCACAUCCGAAUAAAGCAUGGUGUCACCCAAUCGCCCAUCGAUGAAUUCGAUACAGCAGAGACACCCUACACCGGUGACGAGAGAUUCGGUGAAUUUUACUGUGAGACAUGCGGUGUACCUUUUCAUCGGCUCGAUCUCCUGAAGAGACACAGGAAGAUUCACGUUAAACAGGAAACUGGUGGUGAACAAGUUGACUCUGGUAAUCACCAUGUGUGCAAUGUAUGUGGUGAGUGGUUCGAGGAAGCUCUUGCACUUUUAGCUCAUGCUGAGCUCCAUGCUAGAUCACCAACGAGACGUUGUCUCCUCUGUGGUGAGCGUUGUCGUGACGAUGCUGAAGUUGCUGAGCACGUCAGGCUCAUUCAUGGUGAUGAUGCACCACCAAAUACCUGCACACUAUGUGGUAAAACUUGCAAGGACAAGAGAAGUCUUCUGAAGCACUCGUGGGUGCACAAUACUGAUAAGACAUUUGGAUGCACCAAGUGUGGCAAGAGAUUUCACUCGAAAGCUAGACUCAGGAGGCAUAUGGUGAGUCACAGGAAUAAAAUGGUUGCUUGUGAUGAGUGUGGUGAGGAGUUUCCGGAUGGUAGAGCACUCGUGUCUCACAGACACUCUCACAAUAAGGAGCUGGGGGGAAGAUCAUUUCCCUGCAGAGAGUGUGGAAAGACAUUUGGUAGCAGAAGCUCACAGCAGAUUCAUAUUAGAAUUCAUACCGGUGAGAGACCCUAUGGAUGUAGAUUCUGCUGGAAGGCUUUUGCUGAUGGUGGAACUCUCAGGAAGCACGAGAGAAUUCACACGGGUGAGAAGCCGUAUGGUUGUGCUAUCUGUCCGAGGGCUUUUAAUCAGAGAGUUGUCCUCAGAGAACAUGUGAGAGCGCAUCAUUCAGGGCCUGAUCCCAAGUGUCAUGGUAGCUUGACACCUUAUCUUUGUAAAGUAUGUGGUGAUUCGUUUGGAUCGUCUGAGGAAAUUAUUCUCCAUAUCGUGCAGCACUGCGAUGACAAUACAGCGUUGAGACGACAGCCCCAGGUUGGACCCAGAAAAUACAAGAGGAGGAGGAAACUCAAGCCCCAUGAGAGUCCGAUUGUCACCCAGAGGAGUGAAUUUGAUGGGGCGGAAUUGUCCGAGUCUGAUGAAAACAGCAAGAGGAAGGCGAAGAGGAGUAACAAGCGGUCUCUGGACGAGGGCUAUCAGUCCGUUCUCAAGUCAUUUGAGAGCUCCAUUCAGAAUAUAAAUUCAAUUGUCAGUAGUUCGAAAGCUAGUAAGAGUGGAAAAGUCAAGAAGAAGAUGAAGAAGGAGGAGAAGAAGGCGCCGGAGAGUAGUGCAACGUCGAAUUCGGGGAGACCCAAGAUGAUUCACACGCAGAAGACUAGAGUGCCUGUUGAAGUUGGCAGUGAUGGGGCGAAAAAGGGACAGAAAACCAAGACCAUGGUGACGAGAACGCCCAAGGUGAUGCCUGGUGAGAGGGGAAUGUUUCCUGGUGGCGAGAGAAAUCGACCGAGAACCAAAAAUGUCAGUUAUCAUGUUGAUGGGAGGAAUGUCAUACCCGCAACUUUUCCACAGGUUAAUAAUGAAAUUGUGGAGACAAUGGAGCAGACACCAGAGCCUAUGCAGGAGUUUGUUCAGGUUAAUGUGAAGACUGAGCCUCAUAUGAUCACCAGGAGGUCAGCAGCCAAUCAUUCUAAUGGAUCGAGCAUCGGUGUCAGGGAUGUUGAGAUCAAGAAGAGGGUGAGGAAGGGGGUGAAGAAGAUGAAUAGAGGGAUAAAGAUUGAACCUAGGGAGGAAAUUCUUGAGGAGCAUAUACCUGAGGAGGAUAUUGCUGAGGAGGUUGUUGAUGAGGUACCCAAGGUUGCUAUGGAGAUGGAGGUGGGAUUUGAGGAGACCAUUGAAGAAAAUGGUGAGAGCAUUUUACCUGAUCUUGAUGGGGUUCAUCAGGAUAUCGUUGUACCUGAGAAAGUCAGUCUCAGGGUGAAGGUUGAGCCUGCAACGUCCAGGGGAUUACUCGAGGAUGUGCCUGAAACUAUUAUUCCUGAUGCUAUCGAGUACACCUGCGAAAUGUGCUCCGCUGUUUUUUCCAGUCGUGCUGAGUUACUUGUACAUGUACCUAUACAUAUUUGAUUUAGUACAGAGAUUAUGGUACAUUAGGGAUGAGGGUGGGAGGGGGUGGUAAAAUUUUUGGAGAUAAAAUUUUUGGGGGAAAUUUCACUGAGGGGAGUGGCUGGGGACUGAUUAAUAUGUGGGGUCGUGGAGUAAUCGGGGAUUUCUCGGAGAAGCAGCCGAGGAAGUGCCAGCACUAGGUGGUGGAUCUUCUUCGGAAUUUCGUCAGCUUUAAGAUGGGACCAUUUUCAUCGGAAUCCCGUUGGUUGUUUCGGAGAUAUUACGGUUUUCAUGUUAAGUUUCCAGACAAUAUUCGUUGAAAUUUAUUUGCAUUCGGUUUUUUUUUUUUUCUUUGAGAGGGCUGGGGAAUUCUGCUGGGUUCAGGAAUGAAAUCUCGUCGAUUCUAUGCCCAUUCGUGUGCCCCAAAAAUAGCCGAUUGUUCCGGAUAUAUUUAACUGAAAUGUUACGUUAAGAUGAGUAAUUAAUGAAUUAUUUUCACGAAAUGUUUUCUUUAUUUUCAUUGCAUUCUCGACGUUUAAGUUUACUAGACACAUCUUUGUAUUCAGCACUUGUGUAAUCGAUUAUUAAUUAUUAAAAUUAAUCUUCUUUUCAUUUUCUUUUUUAAUUUCGCGGUGAGUCUCUGCUCAGUCGUGAAAUUCAGUUUUUUAAGUUGUUGGAUAACUCGGAGUUCCAUAUCUUCAAUUCCUUUCGUUGAAUUUCUCAUUUUUUUUUUUUUCGUUAAUUCUUGAAAAUUAAAAAAUCCCUAUCACCUCUAAAAUAUCUAAAACCAGAAAAUCAGACAACAAAAUAAUAACUCCGGACAUUCCCUAACGCGAGUCAAAAAUAUAAUGAGAGGAAAAUUUUAUACCAUUUGUAAAAGUGUAAAUUUGACGAUUAAAAAAUGAUGUAAAUAAAAUUUACAAGAGUUUAAAAUAACGUAGAGCCUUUUUUCGACUUUUGAGAUGUGAAAGUAAAAGAGAAAAAUUAUAACUGAGGAAUUAUCAUCGGCUAAUAUGUUUUUGGUAAAGUGUCGAGACAUUUUAACGAACCCAAGACACCACAGAGAAAUAUAAACAUUAAAUUAAUCGCUAAUUUUUUUUCAUGAUUAAAAUCAAUCGAUACGGAUAAUCAUGAAUUGUAAUUAUCUGUGCUUUAUGGUAAUUUUAAUGAUAAAAUAAGCAAUUAGGAUAAUUGAUUAAAUGUAAAAUCACAAAUGAAAAAUUGUGUUGCAUGGUAGAAUUUUAAUUCACGAAUAUUGAUUGAGACAAAACAAUUUAUCAUACGGAGAGGUUAAAGUUUAAGUAAAGAUGAUAAAAAUAUAAUGAAUUUAGGAUUUAAGUCGAGAUAAAGUGGAUAAAUAAAUAUAUUAAUCGUAAGAAAUAAAAUGCCACAAUGGCGAAUUAGUGUAACUAGAUUAUUUAAAGAUGAGAUGAAAAAAAAAACAACUUUUUGUUACCCCUAAGUAACUAAUUAUUGUGACGAGGGUGGAUAUCGAAUUAUCUCAAAGAUUUGGAUCAAAAAUAUUGAGUAGAAGAUGAUUGGGAGGAUGGGAGGAUAAACCAUUAAUAAAGGAGUUUGAGACAAUUGAGGGCGUAAAUUGUACAUAUUUUAUUGGAUAUGGUAUGGUGACGCAAUUUACUGUUAAUCGUAGUUGUAUUUUUCUUUGAAUAAAUGAUUAAUUAAUGGAUA